UUGUUCCAUUGAAAAACAAAGGCCUGUCACAUUUGAGUUACCAAAGCUAAUAAUCAGUGACACUGACUGAUGCUGCACCAGGAAAAAUCUGUGUAAUAACAUAAUAAAAGAAAUAUGUGGGUGUGCAUUUAGUCACAAAAUGGCUGGCAUUAGGACCUCAGGGACAAUAAGCUAACCGCUUUGAUGCCAGAGGAAGUUGGCGAUGCAAUGACAUGAGAUCACUCUGUGUGUGAAUGACUGAUAUGUGUCCGGUCGGACUCACGGGUCGAUCGAUCAUGAGUCGGUGUGACGGCGUUAACAACCCGUGACAAACUUGAUUCUCCUGCCUCCCCUAAAUGCAAGUCCAGCAGAUUCAAUCAUCACCAUCUUCUGGUGUCCCCUCCCUGAUUGCUCCUUGGACUUUUUUUUGUUAAGGACAAGAAAGGCAUCUAAUGCAUUUCCCUCCUGCAUAUUCAUACACUCUGUGUCUGGUGCAUUUAUUUCAGUCAUUAUAUUGUCAUGGCUGUGCAAGACCCUGGCAGGACAACAGGGUUUCCUUGCAAAGAGUGUGGCUUGGUAUGUCCAAAUAUGCCCAGUCUGCUUGAACACAUGGAUUCCCACCUUGAACAAGAGGAAGAACGCAAGUUUAAAUGUGAUGAAUGUGGACGUGGUUACAGGCAUGCCGGUAGCUUAGCUAACCACAAAAAGACACACGAUGUGGGAUCCUUUGAGUGUGACAUUUGUGGUAAAGAAAACUCUAAUGCUUUGGCCCUGAAGAGUCAUCUACGGAGUCACACCUCGCAGAAAAAGUAUUCCUGUGCAGAAUGUGGGAAGGCUUUUCGUCUGGCAACACAACUUGCUACACAUGAGAGGGUUCAUCUCACAAGGCGAGUAAAGGAGCAGUCUUACAGGAAAGUAGAUAUGGAGUAUGACACAGACGAAAAUAGACAUGAUAUUGAAAAUAAUGACCCGCAUCACCUGAACGACGAGUCGACCAGUGUUGGGAUUCCGACAGAGGACGGCCUAGCUGAGGCACAAUCUGAGACCUCUGAAGAUGCUGCAAAUCGACCUUUCAGAUGUGAUUUGUGUGACAAAUCAUACAUACACCAUCGAAGUCUGACCAAUCAUAAAAAGACUCACCAAGUUGGGAUGUUUGAGUGCACAGUGUGUUUCAAACUGUUCAAUAACAUGGCUGCCCUUUACAGCCACCAGAGAACUCACAAGGCAAGAAGCGGGGCAGAUCCCAAUUCAGUGGGUGGGUCAUACACAGCCCCAUCACUGGACCAGUUUUCACCUCAGAGCCAGGAUGCUCCAGUAAAUUUUUGCCAUUUGUGUCAGGUACUAUUCCCUAAUGAUGAAGAGUUUCAGGAACACAUCCAAAUGCACAACUCCUCAUCUGUGCCAUUUGGGCUUCAAGACAGCUUGUCGGAGAACCAUAAUAUUUCAUACGACAAUAGCAUUGCUUCGCCUGAGUCUAAUUUUUAUGCAUCUCCUAUAAAUAAUGUUCCUUCCGUGUCAUCAGUAGAUAAUCAUGGAGGGUUCGAUCAGCCACAGGAGCAGAUAAGAAGUAACGGUCAUGUGUACUCAGACUGCUCCAAUAAUCAGACACCAUCUUCCAACAGCACUCAGGGAGAACCUCCACUCAUAGACAUGAACAUCCUCAAUCCCAAUCUGAUGCAUACACAAAGCACUGACGAUGCAAACAUAACUGAAGAGACUACAACUGUAGAUUCUGAUGAGCGUCCCUUCAAGUGUCAGAUCUGCGGUAAAAGCUACCGCCACUCUGGAAGCCUCAUCAACCACAAAAGGUCACAUCAGGUCGGGAUUUACCAGUGUUCAAUCUGCAGAAAGAGUUAUCCUCAUCUGGCGGCCCUCAAAAGUCAUCUCCGCCUCCACAAAGCUCCGUCGUCAUCUUUCAGCCUCACAACUGAGGGAGACUGGCUCUCCUCAGAGCCUCUGACUCUGGAUAACCAGCAGGCCUGCUUCUCCUCCCAAGUGGAGGAGGAGGAGGAAGAGGACGGCACUCACCUUGCACUUGGUAUCGAUCAGGAGAAUGGUGUUGACCACAGCAAUGGAGCGUUGUAUCAUGAGCAGUUUAAUCAGGACUUUUCCCAAGACAUGACUGUGCAUCUACCUCACAACGAACACCUGAUGCAGAGGCACAUGUGUGCAGACUGUGGUGAGACAUUUGCAGAUAUUGCAGGUAUUAAGUCUCACAGUUGUCCACUGCUACAGCAGCAGCAUGACACUACCAGCAGUGACUAUGAUAGUAGUAUUAACUUCCAGGACAGCAAUGGCCACUGUGCCAUUGGAAAUCCAGCGAGUAAUGUAGAGUUUCAUGGUCUGAACGGUAGCCAUGACCAAAGUUUCUUUGAACAGAGUUUUCAUGAAAAUAUUAGCAGUGAUCAGCUGAACGGUGGCGGAGAAGCUGAUAAUGCUGAGGAGGAGGAUGAUGAUGGUGAUCUUUAUCAGUGCUCUAUAUGUGGAAACAGCUACACCAGCAUGAGGGCUCUCAGGAGCCAUCUCCGAGGACACACACAGUCCCACGGCACUCCUGCAAGCUCAGGGCCUUCUUCCAUGUCCUCCCAUGAAGAGGUGAAAGACGAUGAGCCGGGGGAGAUGAUUAUCUGUAGUACAUGUGGGGAAAGUUUUGCCAAUAAGCAGGACUUGAUUACUCAUCAGCUUCUACACAACUUGGAGCAGGUAGAGAACGAUAGUCAUUUACAUAUGAACGACAGCACCGGCUCUGGAAGCAAGGAGGAAGCACAGAGUAUCAUCUGUGGCAGCUGUGGCAUCUUUUGCACCAGCUACCAUCACCUUGUAAACCACGGCUGCACAGCUGGGAGGAAAGAGGAGAUAACAAACUGUAAAAUGGAAAUAAAAGUAAAUGACGUUGCCCAGCAUGAAGACACGAGUCAAGUCAGAGACACUGUGGAUACCGAAGAUCGUCAGUACAAGUGUGAUCAGUGUGGGCGAUCAUACAGACACGCUGGCUCCCUCCUUAACCACAAAAAAUCCCACAAAACGGGUGUAUUCAGAUGCCUCGUCUGCCAGAAACGCUUCUACAACCUGUUGGCCCUUAAAAACCAUCAGAGGUCCCACUUUGAUAUUAAGAGACAUACUUGCCAUGAGUGUGGGAAAGCCUUCAAAAUUCAGAAGCAGCUAUUGAACCACCUGAGAAGGCACAAAGAGAACCAAGCAAAAAUCCAGGAACUCAACAACCAGAUCCAGGCCCUCAUGCAGAUGAAUGGGAACAGGUCAGAUGAAGGAAUGCAGUCCUCCACUGAUAAUCCCAGUCAGGCUUUUACCUCACCCCGGCGCUGUAGGCAAUUGCCUGUAGAGGAGGCGCAAACAAAAUCUGAGACUUCAGUCAAAUCAGAGAACACAGAUGACCAACGACCUUUCGCUUGUGACCAGUGUGGGCGUACGUACCGCCACGCAGGCAGUCUGGUCAACCACAAAAACUCUCAUAAAACAGGUGAAUAUUACUGCUCUGUUUGUAACAACACUUAUUCCAAUCAACUGGCAUUGAAGAACCACUUGCGCACCCACUUUGCAUAUAAAAAGCACUCUUGCCAAAAAUGUGGGAAAGGAUUUAGGGGAAAGAAGCAGCUGUUAGCCCAUGUCUGUACCGACCUCAGAAAGGACGGGAUAGCAGGCAGGAGAGGCUUUAGGUCUAGAGCCUUUAAGUGUAAGCAAUGUAAGCAGGCCUUUCCGUCUGUUGACCAACUGGCAGCCCAUACUUGUGAUAGACCUUCAGGCAGCAGUGACGCACAUACAAACAUGUCUCCAAAUAAAGAAGAGCGCCCUUUCAGGUGCAACAUAUGUAAUCGCAGCUACCGCCAUGCAGGCAGCCUCCUGAACCACAAAAAUACCCACAAGACCGGACACUUCAGUUGCACCGUCUGCUCCAAGCCCUUCUCGAACCCCAUGGCUCUACGCAAUCACACUCGUAUCCACACGCAGAAGAAGAAGUACGUGUGUCUCACGUGUGGGAAGGCCUUUCGCCUCGCCAGCAUCCUACACAACCACCAGAAGGUCCACAACCGGGCGACGAGUCACUUCAGCUGUCCGUCAUGUGGAAAGAGCUUCCAGGGCAGGUCUGGCCUGAAGAGACAUCGCUGUCGGAGAGGUCAGGAGAACUCCAUGAGAGCUGGAGUCUUGCAGUCAGAGAAGGGAGACAAGUGCUUCAUGUGUGACCUUUGUGGGCGCUCCUACCGCCACGCUGGCUCCCUCCUCAACCAUAAAAAGACCCACUCCGAAAACCUCCACCACUGUACGUUGUGUCUCCAGACAUUUCCUGAUCCUCUCACCCUGCAGAUACACACACAGAUGAGACGUCACUGCUGUCCAGAAUGUGGAAAGACCUUCUGCCUGGUCGCACACCUGCAGAGCCACAUGGAGGUGCACUCGAAGGACCGUUCUGUGGUGUGCAGCUUCUGCCAGCAGAGCUUUCCCAGCGCAGCCAGCUACCAGCAGCACCACGACAUGCACCACGGGGCUCAGGGCCCCUAUCCACAAAGCGUGGAUGAAACUGCAGAUAACGACUUCUGCUGGGACUCAGGAAUAAAUCAGACCAUAGGGAUCGACAGGAUUCCCAAGCAGGUUCCGCCACCUUUGUCCCACAUUCCAGAAAGCAUCGCUGAUUCACAGGAUAACGACUCGGCCGGCGCAGAGGAGAAGAGCCACGUCUGCGAGCACUGCGGCCGCACUUACCGCCAUGCCGGCUCCCUCCUCAACCACAAGAACAGCCACAAGACGGGCUCCUUCUUCUGUUCCGUCUGCCAGAAAGAGUUCACCAACCUGAUGGCCCUCAAGAACCACCGACGCAUUCACACAGAGCCCAAGCGCUACCAGUGCCUGGAGUGUGGGAAGGCGUUCCGCGUGUCCACCCAGCUCAUAUGUCACCGAAGAAUCCACACCAAAGAGAAGCCCUUCGCCUGCCUGCUGUGCGACAAGAGCUUUUCCAGCAAGUCCAACCUGAGGCACCAUCAGAAGAUGCACCAGAACACCCAGUCCUACGACUCCUCUUUCAGCAUGGAUGCUAAUACUUUCAUGGACUUAGACAUGGGGUCUUUCCUGUGAAGCGGGAUUGCCGAGUCUACAAAAGAAGAGAACAGGCGGUCGUCUUAUCUAUCACUAAUUUAUUCCUUUUAUCAAAAAUUGUAAAACAGUAUUUUUUUUCAGAAAGUGCUCCUUUGUCCUGACAGAAGCUCCUUUUUGAAGGGAUGCACAUUUCAUGACUGGCUUCCAGUCUUACCUCCACAACAGAUGGCGACAUCAGCGGAAAGUCUCCAGAGGGUUUAUUGGUCAGCUUUUAAUAAAGCCUGAAUGUUUUCAAUGAACACACAGGAUCCCAGAACACGGAGCGAGUUAUUAAAAACAUCGCCGCUUAUUCCUCACUGACAUACCAACCAAAAUGAACUGUAAAGUGCAGCCCAGGUUUAAGAACAUUGAGACUGAUAACAUGUUUUUUGUAAGACCGUACUGUUCUAACGGUGAAUUUCUCCUCUCGCUACGUAUAAUUGUGUUCAGUGCCUCUGUAAGUUCCUUAGGAAACAAAAUAAACAAACUAUAUUUAUCUCUGAAUCCUUUUGUUAGGCGUCAGUGUUGAAGGACUGGUCACUUUUCCUUUGAGAUUUCACAUAGGACAAGCCUGUUAUUAUUAAGUCAAAUACCUCCUGGGUGUGUCCAAAGGUCAGUGGCAAAGUGAUUUACUAAAAAUCAUAUUAUCAAGUAAAUAGUCGUACUGCUAAUAAUAUUCACAUUAAGUGACAUUGUAUGCUAAAAAUGGAUGUAUUUAUUAAUUUAUUCCUGUUAUUUUAUGUGCAUAUUUUAAUAGAAAAACUUUUUAUGAAUGUUGUAAAAAAGAAAGAAAAAAAAAAGAAAAAACUGUCUUCUAAAACUCAUGUAGCCUUUAAGGAAAACUUCAUCAGUCAAUUUGUAAUUCAUUAGCUCUCAGUUACAAAAAGAGGCAGGAAUGAAUGAGCCAAGGACGGUGUGUUAUCGGCAGCACUCAGGGUAAACCUUCAAAAGGAAUGUACCUGAUGUGUAAAACAUUGUACAUCAUCAGUUUCUCAACUGGUCAUAGAUAGCAUUUUUUCCCCCUAUUGUGCCAUUUCAACCUGAUUUUUUUUUUUUUUGGUCAUGACAUACUCAUCCCAACUUUUAGCUGUAGCUCCAUACGCUGUAAAUCCAACCUUAGAGAAGCAUCAAGUAAUGAAGUGCCAGUGCCUGAAAUGUAAGUCGACUGUAGCAGUUAAAUGUGAACAGACCUCCUCUCACUGUACUUGUAUUACUGUAAAACACAUUGUUUAUUUCAUGUUUUCCUCUUUUUAUUUUAAAUGAUGUAUCUUCUGAUUUGUGAAUCUGUUUAUCCACAGUCAGUUAAAAUGUUGUUUGAGGAAACAGAAGUAUUGUGACAGUAAGGUGAACUUGGUUCCUUUUUGUUUCUAUAUCCCUGCAUUUUCCCCCCUCACAGAUGCUGUAUAUGAGUCAAACAUAUAUGCGGCCUCAUUUCUACUAAGCACAAGUAUUACUACAAACAUACCAGAGCUUUAUGGAUCUAUAAGGAUGAACCACCUUCACCUUUUCUGUCUGAAUACAUGAACCACUUUGUGAAAAAUGUGCAAUUAUUGAUUCUCUGGGUUUUGUUUGUCUUUUGUUUUUUUUAGCCAAGUUGUCUGUGCCUGUUGUUCCGUAACCGGUUUCUUUUCACAUGUAAGAAAUCUAGCAAAAGUGAACACACAGCCUUUGCUUUUAAACAGUCUAAAAUUAGAUUUUGUUUAUGCCUUAUACAUCACAUUUCAUGUAUGAGUAUGUUUGGCACUGGUCAGAAGUAUUAAAUACCUCAUGGAAAGCUCUGCCUACCUAGCAACUGCUACUUAAAUGCCUCAUGCAGCUUAAUUGUAGAGAAUACACUGUAAUUAUACAAACUCAAUUGUAAGACAUAUAGACUGAUAAUGGAUGAAUCAUCAUUUUCAAGAGUUUUACUUUGUAGUUUGCAAAUGCUAGUAUUCACCAUGACAUGAUUGUUUCUCUGCAGUUUUCAGAGUUAUAUUUGCACGUGUAGUAGAAACACUUGUAGCCUAAGGAGGACAGGAAAUUUAUAAUAAAGCAGCCAACCUGUUUGUUGUUUGCUGGUAGGUCGAUCAUCUCCAGCUCACAGUCAAUGAGUCGGCCGCUCGAUAUCACCUCAGCUAGUUUGUGGGUCGUAAUAUUUAAGCAAUAUGCUGAAAGUCUUGUUUCAGUGCAUGAACUGAGUCCAUCUCAUGUGUUUUGUCUUCAUCAGAUUCAGUAUACUGACAGUAGCCUUGAAAAACCACAAGUCUUUGACAUCUGCACACCUUCACAUCUGCCAUGUUUCUUACAUUAUUUAAAACCUUGUUUGUAUGAAUUGUAAUGAUUUAAAUGAUCAGACUGUAACAUAUUUUCGUAUGCCAUGGGUAGCCUACAUGUAAAACAACACAUGCACAUUACAGUUAAAACUGUAAACUGACCUAUUUUGUUUUACAAUGCUCACAUUCUCGUCCCCUGUGGCACUUAACACGUUCACUCCUCUGUCAUUGAUCACAAUCACAGCCUGGUAUUUGUGACGUGUGUUAAUCUCAGAGCUCUGUAAAUAUUAGGAUGAAAUAUCGGUUCUGUACAUUUAUGGAAAGAUUUUCCUAUGCAGGAGAAAACUACUAGAUUAGCUAUUGUGUAAUAAAAAGCAUAUACCACAUGUUCCCAUUUAUUGGAUUUUCAGUGCUCAAAAAUGUCUGCUCAGUAUUUAAUUCAUAUUUAUAUAACUAUUUUGUCACUGAAGCGUAGAUUUUUACUUCUUUGUUAGAACUUAGUUUAGAAUAUAAG